AGUAGUGCCCAACCGUUUCAAACAACCUUUUCUUAUCCUCACACAUUGUUGGCUGUUGAUCAAAUAAGCUUUGAUUGAAACCAGAAAUCAGUUAUCCCGUGUAUUACCAAUUUCUGAAGCUAUAGAUUGGUAUUAAAUCUUAAUAUAUAUAUUUUGUUUAGCCAUUAAAAUCUGUGAUUCUGUCCAUUGACCCCACAGAUGGUGAUCUUGAUUUAAAUCUGUGUAGUCUCUCAUUUAUAUUUCACAAUAAAUGUAUUAUGUAUGUUAAAGUGACUCUCUAGUGUUCUGGAAAAAAAAAUAGACAAAUUUCCUGAACCUUUUUUCCACCAAAAAGUCCCUGUAUGGUUUCCCCAUGCAGGAAACACAAGGCUUGUAAGAUGCUUGUAAGAUAAUUGGCCACACCAGCCUUCAACUACUGACACCUGUUUCCAUUUACCAAAACAGAAUUGGAGGGAGAGGUAUAAAAAUUAAGCAGCAGCAGUACACAAGUUACUGCUUCCUGUCAACUUAGGUUGACAUUAUGGCUUUUCUGUUCAGGCUGGUGGUGGUCUCCUUACUGGCAUUGGAGACAUGUAAAGUAAAAGCUUCAUAUGUUCCUUCAAUGCCUGUGUCUGGCAUUCUAACUUCGGGUCCAAACAAACCACACAAAUUGCCAGAUGUGCAACGCUAUGCCCCAUGGUUUCCAAGGAGUUUCCAUGGUUUCUUUGCCCCUCAGCAGGAACCGGGCAGUAGUAAACCUCAGUUACCUACUGAGCCGAAGUUCCCAAUAGGAGGUCCAGUCCCUCUGUUUAACCCACCACAGUUUCCUAGAAAGCCUCUUUGUCCAGCAGGUUCUUGCAAGUUGCCAAUAUUCCCUGUUGAGCCAAAGUACCCAAUAGGCCAUCCAGGCCUGCUGUUCAACCCAUUAUUGCUUCCUAUAGCCCCAGAGUACCCAACAGGACUUCCAAACCCUCCCUUUAACCCACCAAUUCUUCCUGUUGAGUCCAAGUACCCAAUUGGCAGUCCAGUCCCUCCAUCCAACCCACCAGUACUUCCUGUUGAGCCCAAGUACCCAUUAGGAGGUACAGUCCCUUCAGUCAAGCCACCACAGUUUCCUAGAAAGCCUCUUUGUUCAAGUGGAAGACAAUCAGGUUCUUGCUGGCCACCAGCUUUCCCCAUUGAACCCAAGUAUCCAAUAGGAGGUCCAGUCCUUCCGUCCCACCCACCAGCGCUUCCUGUUGAACCAAAGUACCCAAUAAGAGGUCCAGUUCUUCCGAACCACCCACCAGAGCUUCCUGUUGAACCAAAGUACCCAAUAAGAGGUCCAGUCCUUCCGUCCCACCCACCAGCGCGUCCUGUUGAACCAAAGUACCCAAUAGGAGGUCCAGUUCUUCCGAACCACCCACCAGCACGUCCUGUUGGACCCAAGUACCCAAUAGGAGCUCCAGUCCCUCCAUCCAACCCACUAAUGCUUCCUAUUGUGCCAGAGUACUCAAUAGGCCAUCCAGGCCUGCUGUUCAAUCCAUUACUGCUUCCUAUAGCCCCAGAGUACCCAAUAGGAUUUCCAAUCCCUUCCUUCAACCCACCAGUGCUUCCUGUUGAGCCCAAGUACCCAUUUGGAGGGCCAGUCCCUCUGUUUAACCCACCAGUACUUCCUGGUGAACCAAUGUAUCCAAUAGGAGGUCCAGUACCUCAGGUCCAACCACCACAGCUUCCUAGUAAGCCUCCUUGUUCAGUGGCGAGUCCCUUUAGUGUUUGUAGGCCACAAACAUUCCCUGUUAAGCCCAAGCACCCUCUAGAGGUUCCAGUCAGCCAUGGCCUAAUGCCUCUUUUCCAAACUUUGGAGUCUGGCAAGGUUCCUACAGAGCGCUUGAAUCAUGGAUAUCCAGGAUGCUAUAGCAAAUGGCCAUUUCUGCAAUCAAAGCCCUGCUACUAGAGAGCUUCAGAAGGUCCAGAAGCAAUGAGACUAAAUCAUUCACCUCUUGCAAUAAAGAACUCAUUACAA